UUGCUAUAGCUGUGACUAGUGUCACAGAUGUUCAAGUUCUCAUUUCUCAUUGUGCAUUUCAUUAAGCUUUCUUUAUUCGUACUUAAAGUCAUUAAGUAGCCAUUUAAGCAACGACACAAUCAUAAUAUUGUCAAAUAAAUAGUGAAAAAAGUAGUUUUAUAAAUAUGAACGUUCAAUAAAUAACAAAAAAAUGAAACAGAUAAGGUAUUGGUGUGUUUCUGUGCAUUAGCUCUACAUUGGGCGUCGCUAUGACGCAAGUAGAAGGUGCGCGAAAGUCGUAGUGAUCGGUGCAGGUCCUCGAUAUUAUUUUGACUGAUUCCAAUAUUUAGAACAACAAUGGAGUCUAUCAGAAAGUGGUUUUACAGACCUAAAAGGGACGAUACGAGUUUAUUGGCCCAAUUCUUCUAUGCAAAUGAAGCACUUACAGCACUUGCGUGUGAACUUGACUCAUUUGAUGGUCGUCAAGAGCCUGAACGCUGUGCUACACUCGUCAACCAACUACGUCAUUGUCAAGAUAAAGUAUUGACAAUAUGUAAUCAGAUAAUGGAUGAAUUAAUACCAGACUGUAGAGCUAAUCGGGAUUUUCGAGUGAAAUUUCCUGACGACGUAAUGCAGGAAAAUCUAGCUGGCCAACUGUGGUUUGGUGCUGAAUGUCUUGCUGCUGGAUCCUCAAUAAUGAAUCGAGAAGUUGAGAGUUCGGCAAUGAGACCACUUGCUAAAGCACUUACGAAAUCCUUGGAAACUGUGCGAAAUUUACUUCGAGAACAUGCACUUAAAGGGCACACCAAUUUAAAGGAGUUGUAUCAAACCCACAAUCCUUUAGAGAUGGAAAAGUUAAUUGAGUCACUUAAAAUAUUCGACCGAUUAUUUGCUGAUUUUGAACUAUGCUAUGUCGCAGCAAUGGUCCCAGUAAAAUCAACGAAAGAGUAUGAGCAACAAGAACUUGUCUGUGUUUUAUUCUCCGAGACAUUGCAAAGAGCACUCGAGCGUGGCUUGCUUAAUCAAGCUGAUGUAGAUAAUUACGACCCAGCUUUAAUGUUUACCAUUCCCAGAUUGGCUAUAGUUUCGGGUCUCCUUGCUCCUCCUGGUGGACCUCUGUGCCUCAAUUCGAAUGAUACUAUUAGCGAGAUGUUUAGACCAUUUAGGAAUUUAUUAUUAAAAAUCCGAGAACUUCUGUGGACUCUUAAUAGUCGAGAGCUUUACAUGUUGGAGAAACUUUUGUGUUCUAACGAGGAGCCAAACGUUCCGAUAUCUCCCGCAACUAGAACAGCAUGUCAACAAGAAUUGGAGAAAUUUGUGUAUAAUUUUUAUACUGAUUAUCCAAAUUGUAAAAAUUUCGUAGUAGAUUUUUACACCAUAACGAAAAAUAAUGGAACAAAUAUGGAUGAAGUGGCUAAUGACGUAGUAGAAAUUUUAAAUCAGCAAAGUCCUAAAACCAAUCAACAAACUGAAAAUAAUUCGCAAUUAAUACACAAUAAUGAGGAGCAAGAGAAUAGUGAUAGAGGAAAUCAUUUAGAAUGUUCCAUCACAUGUAGCCAUAAUUAUUCAGCACAAUUAAGUGACGGGUCAACUUCGAGAAUCGUUAAUGAGGACAACGUAUUAGUUAAUUCGGUUAAUUUCAAACAAAUGGCUCCUGUUUCAACGCCAUUAGAAAACAAGAAAGACAGAAUAAGAGAAAAUGGUGAUAUUGCCUUCCGGCUAGCUAGUACUAGUGAUCAAUAUAAUUAUGAUAUCAAUUCAACAGAAUCAUUGAGCUUAAUGCAUAUUCCUGGAAAAGAUCAAUGCCCUGGAGGCAGUAGUACUGUAGAUGUUGAAAAUGAAUCUGAGAAUAAUUUACUGGAAGGUGAGGAUGACUUAUUCAGUACCGACAUAUCUCAAAUACUUGGAACAAUCGACAAUAUCGAAAUUCCACAAACUCAAUACCUUUUAAAUCAAGUUUCGCAUGAAAAUAAUGUUACAGAUGAUACUGUACAGAUUGAAAAUUCUCUACCAGAUAUGGAUUCAAAAAAAUUUAUAUCUGAAGCAAAUAAAACACUCUCAAGUCUCUUAUUAGAAGGUGAUGGUACUAAUGAAAUAUCUGAGCAAACAGAUUCUGGAAUUUGCACCGUGAUAUCCUCUGAAAAUACUAGUUUGUAUGAUAAAAGUCCUGAAGAAAAAAAAUUAUUUGCUAAUGAGAUUCAAGAAGAUUCUAAGGAAUUAUAUGUAAAGUGUGAAAAUAGUCAAAAGGAUAUUAAUUAUGAUAAAAAUUCACAUGACAGUGAAAAUUCUUGUAUUUAUCCAAUUAGUUGUACCAAAAACAUUCCCACAUUUCAAAACCAAACAUCAUCGAGACAUUAUCAUUGUAAUGGUAGUGAUAUUUCUAAAAUGUCUAAUAGAAUAUCGUCAAAUUUUAAUGGAACCAACGAAGAAUUCGUAGGAUUGGCUUACGGUAAUGGCCAAAUGACUGUGUGUGAUUCUAAUCAUUCAUCAAUUCAAAUAAAUUAUUCCGAAAAUUGGGAAAAUCUCAAUUUAAAUAUUGAUGAAACUAAUUCAUCGAAAGAAUUUUGGAAAGAUUUAAGAUGUAAAAAUUGUCCAUCUACCUCUCAGGAUAUUAGUAAAAUUGGUAAUAAUAUUGAGCGUUAUGCUCACGAUAAAAUACCGUCACGUAGAUCGAAAGAGAACAAACUGAGAAGACAACAGCGUAAAUUUGAAAGAAAAAAUUUACGUAGAAACCACAACGAUACUCAACAAAAACUUCCAUAUAAUGUUUCAAAUACUCAUCUAUCACUUAGCACCGAGAGUUCACGGUCAAACUCAGUAGAUCGUUGUAUAAAUCCAAGACUUACGAAUUAUGGUGCCUCAUUACAGCCCACUCAAAAUCAAAACCAAAUGCCUAAUUUUGGUAACCACAGUCCACAACGAAGCCCACGUUUAGGAAGUUUUGAUUCACAAUCUGACGUAUCUCAAAGGCAUAGUUCUGGUCAUCAAGCCCCAAGUAAUUUUUCUCCACAAAAUCGCAAGUUAUUGGAUCAUAGGAGAUGUAGAGCAGAACAGAUUUCUAAAAUGCGAAAAAAAGAUGCUGAUAAACGAAAUUACUGUGAAUAUUCUAGUGUACAAAAUGAUCAGCUUUCCAAAGGGUCCAAUUUACUUAAAAAUAAAGAAGAUUUACAGCACGAUGGUCUUGGUCGACGGACAAAUAAAAGUGGAUUAAUUACGAAUAGGCCUACCUCACCAAUUAACCACGAUAUUAAUUGUCUCCAAUGCUCACGUGAAAAUCGAUCAAAAAAUACAUCGAAGUCAAAUGAUUUGACAAAUUGUUGUGGAGUAACGUCAAAAACUACUUGUUCGCUACAUUUACCUAUUAUCCAACGUACUAAUGUUGAUUCUAGUUCUAGUUAUUCAAGCUAUGGUGAUUCAAGCUCUGAAACUAGUGAAUUUCAAAGUGAUUGUCAAGAUGACGAAGAAAUAGCAUUGGCAAUGCAAGCUGCUGAAAUAGCAAAUAGAAAUCAAAUCAGAGCCAAGUUUCGAUCUUCCGAAGAUCUUGUUCACCGUUUAUUUGUAUGUAUAGCUGGUGUAGCGGAUCAACUGCAAACAAACUUCGCUUCAGAUUUGCGAAAUAUCUUGAAGUGUGUCUUCCUCAUGAAUAGUAGCCAAGUAGAAAAUGAACAAGAGCCAGUUUCUGUAAAUCAACCUCAACAACCUGAAGAUAAUUUACAUCCUAUUGAAGCACAUGACACGAAUGGAGAUCUUCAGAGACAUGAUAUAUUUCACGAAGAAGAUGAAGAUGACCCUGAUGAAUCUACAAUCACCAAUGAAACAAUGUGUCCAGUUACUGAACGUGGUGAAGAAUGUGUAGAGCGUGCACCUGCGUGGAUACCCGACAAUGAUGCACCAAGAUGUAUGGCUUGUCACGCUGGAUUUACGGUAGUAAGACGCAGGCAUCACUGCAGAAAUUGUGGCAAAGUAUUUUGUGGUCGCUGUAGUAGUAACAACGUUCCAUUACCACGUUAUGGACACACAAAGCCUGUGAGAGUUUGCAACCGGUGUUUUCUUUACCAAGUUACACCUUUUACCGUAUCUCAAGUUGCCUCUACUAGCUGAAUAUAUUCUAAUUUGUUUCAUACUUAUAACGUCUCUUCAUUUUUAUCAUUUUUCCAACUUUACAUGAGUGAAUUAUAUCUCAUAAAUUAUGACAAUAUAAUUUGUGCAGAAUUUUUAAACGAAAUUUUAUUUAAUAAAAUACAUUUUAUAAUGUAUAUAAAUAUUAGAGAUGGUGAGAAUAUCAUUUGAAUGUGUAACAGUUACCAAAUUAUCAGUGACUUUUGUGCCAAAAUUUUAAGACAAUAAGAAUUAUUUGUUUUACUUCUUUUUUAUAAUUCUUAUUUUUUUAUUUGUCGAUACUAUUACAGUGAUUAAUUAUUAUUAAUAAAUUAAUAGCAUAUUUU